AUGAAGCUUUUCGCAGUGCUGAUCCUUUGCCUGGCGGCUGCCACCGCGCUUCCCAUCGAGGAAGUCGGAGAGGAGCACAUGCCUUACGAAGAGGUGGGCCUGGAGCACAUUCCGCACGAGGAAGAAGGAUACGAACAGAACUGGCAGCUGGUACCGGAUGGUGACGGUCGUCUUCAUCUUGUCAACACCGACCCGUUCAACUUGGGCAGCCAGGAUGAGCCGGCGCCCUUUUUCAACGCCGACACCGACACCAUCUUCCUGCUGUUCACGCGCAACAACCGCAACAGUGGCCAUCGCAUCACUCCCGGAAACGCUGGAACGCUCGGACCGCACUGGAACGGUGGUCGUCAGACGCGUUUCAUCAUCCACGGUUGGAACAACAACGAAGGAUCGGAAGUGAAUGUUGCCAUCCGCAACGCGUACCUCGAUCGUGCCGACAUCAACGUAAUCGUUGUUGGCUGGGGCGGUGGUGCUCAGAACCCGAACUACGUGACGUCCCGCAAUCACAUCACUGCCGUGGGAGCUGCUGUGGCCCGGUUCAUCGAUUUCCUGAACCAGAGCGGAGGUCUGGCCUUCAACAACGUUUACGUCACUGGCCACAGCCUCGGAGGCCACACGGCCGGUAUCGUUGGUAAGCGUGUGACUCGUGGCCGCCUGAACACGGUUGUCGCUUUGGACCCGGCUCUGCCACUGUUCUCCAUCAACGACCCGGCUAACCGUGUGGCGUCAGGUGAUGCCAACUACGUCGAGGUGAUCCACACCAACGGUGGAUUGUUGGGCUUCGAUCUGCCACUCGGUGUGGCUGAUUUCUACCCUAAUGGUGGCCGUAGCCAGCCCGGUUGUGGUGUAGAUCUGGCAGGUACCUGUGCUCACAGCCGUGCUCAUCAGUUCUUCGCCGAAUCGGUCCGUCCGGCUCAGAGCGGCUUCAACUCGAUCCGCUGCGCUAACUACGAUCAGAUCCUGAACAACAACUGCGUGUCGUCGGGUGCCAACGCUCGUAUGGGUGGUGAGCCCUCAAACAUUGGCCGUGGUGUGAACGGUGUGUACUUCCUUACCACCAACGGUGCCAGCCCGUUCGCUCAAGGUUAA